UUAUUGCUAUUCCUCACAGCAGCUCUGAGACAUACCCACUGAAUGUAUUAAUCAAUUCUGUAGCUUCAGGAACAUACACAGGGAUACGGAGCUGCCGCUUAAAAGAGAUUCAAGGAUGAAGAGAAUCAGAUGUAGAACAUUCUGGCUGGCAGCCGGUCUUGGUGUGUUGGUCCUCAGUCUCUGUAGGAAUUAUAGUGACCAAAUAAAAAACCUUCACAAAUGGGAAAACAUAAACAAACGCAUCUAUGAUGAUGAGAGACAAGAGCAGGACAGUCAAAUUAGACAAGAACCCCCGAGCCAUUAUGUCUUCCCCUGGCCAAAUUGUCAAGAAAAUACAUCUGCUGCGAACGUCACAGAUUUCAGCUCUCUUCCUGGUCAUAUUAAAGACUUUCUGUACUAUCGACACUGUCGGCAUUUCCCCAUGCUACUGGACGUUCCAGACAAAUGUGGAGGAGCGAAUAAAUCUGCAGAUGUCUUCCUCCUUCUUGUCAUUAAGAGCUCCCCCGGAAACUACGAACGCAGAGAGGUACUGCGCAAAACCUGGGCUAAAGAGAGGCUACACAAUGGUAAGAAGAUUCACAGGGUCUUCAUCUCAGGAACAACUGAUACUGGUUUUGAAAAACUGAGACAGAACAAACUACUUGAAAUGGAGCAUCGUGAGUACAAUGACAUUCUCCAAUGGGACUUUGUGGACACAUUCUUCAACCUCACACUGAAGCAGAUACUCUUCCUCGAAUGGAUGGAGAGGAACUGUCCAAAUGCUCGCUUCUUGCUGAACGGUGAUGAUGAUGUUUUUGCCAACACAGACAACAUGGUGGAGUAUCUCCAAAGCUUCAAGGACAAUGAUGGAAGCAAACACCUCUUUGCCGGCCAUUUGAUACAGAAUGUUGGACCCAUCAGAAACCCACAUAGCAAAUAUUUUAUCCCUGUUCAAGUGCAAGAGUCAAAUUCAUACCCCCCUUAUUGUGGUGGUGGGGGCUUCCUCCUGUCUGGCUAUACAGCUAUGGUCAUAUACAACAUGUCUCAGUCCAUUCCCAUUCUUCCCAUUGAUGAUGUUUACAUGGGGAUGUGCCUGGCCAAAGCAGGACUUAAGCCUUUUUACCAUAUGGGUGUGAAGACUGCCGGAAUGAAUAUUCCCUCCAAAAAAGUGGAUAAAUAUGACCCUUGCUAUUAUAAAGACAUGUUAUUGGUGCACAGAUUCCUUCCAGGUGGCAUAUUUCUUAUGUGGCAAAGAAUACAUGACUCCAAACUGAAAUGUUAAUAUUUCAGUGUUUAGUAGCAUGAGGGGGCAGUAUGCUGCACACAGUUAAUCAACUCUAGGGUUGGUAUCAGGUCAGAGGCGCAUAGCAAUUUAACAUGACAUGCACUAAGAAUGUGUGCAGGUUGCACCUGACAAGAUAAAGUUCAUCAUUCUAAUAAUAAAUCCAGCCUAAAUAUUUCUUUCUUUAUACUAGUUGACAAUGACACCUUUUUGACACCAGUUUACAACCAAAAGGGUUGGUUGGGGUUGCUUUGAAUAGUUUAAGCAAGCAAACAAAUAUUCAUUUGCAUACAGCAAGCUGAAGCUGAAUGAAAAGAAUUUGCAGGCAACAAAAAAAACUAACCCCACCAUUAACGCAAAAAAAACCUCAACACAGGCCUAUGGAAAUGCCAGGCAACGUUAGAGAGAGAGGAACCAACAAAGAGGAGCACGGAGACUAAUUACUCAAGGGAACAUUGGAUAAUUGGGGCACAAGUGAAAAACAUCCAGGCAGACAGUCACAUAAGUGAUGAUCAGAAGUAAAAAUUAGCAACAGACAUGUGAUAAGAAACAACAAAUGAACAGGAGAGAGCAGGAUAUAUAAAGAUCAACAUAGUAACGUUUGCUUUAGCUCAGUGAUUUAUAUUCAGUGGUUUUAUGUUAAGUUAAGUAAGUUAAGUAAGACUUGGGCAAAUGUUCUGUACGUACACUCAACAAAAAUAUAAACACCGCAUUUAUUGUCCCCAUUUUCCAUGAAUAGAAGCAAAAUAUGCAAACUAAAGAUUCAUUUCUCUUAGAUUUGUGUGACAAAUGUGUUAGAUUCUGUAGUAAUGUGCACUACAGUCAUCCAUCCACCUGACAUCAGUGAUUCAGAUAAAGAUGCUGAUGGAAGAGCGUGGUUAUUGUUCAUGUGAGCCUUGGACUGCUCACAAUAAAAGGCCACACUAAAAUUUGCAAAACCUUUAUUAGACACUUAACUAAAGUGUCACUCUUACGACUGUCUCUAGGGCAGCAACAAAACAUGGGUAAGGCACACGUGACGUGAAAUAAGACGAGUGUUGAUACAAGUUUAACGUGCAAUGAAGUGUGGAAGUGGGUGUCAGUGUCUGGUGUGACUGCACUGUUGAUCAUCUUAAAUCUUACACCUCUUUCCUUGAUUUCAUAGAAAAUGGUAGCAAAAACAAAAGUGUUGCAUCUAUAUUUUUUGCGUGUCAGUGUAGAUCUGUACAGACCUUUUUUAAAUAAUGCGUUCUGUGUAUUACAUGAUUAUAUCAUUUUUGUCAGCUUGACUCCUAGUUGAAUAUUGUUUCAAAAAACACCAAUGACCAAAUUUCAGUUUGCUUACUGACUUCACUUUUUUUAAAUUAUUAUUUUAAAAUUAGGGACAGCACACAUCAAUGAACAUUCACGUGUAAAUAUGCCAAAUAUAAAUUAUUAUAAAUUAUAUCAUAUAUGUACAUAUAUAUGUAUAUAUAUAUCUAUAUAUACAUAAUACGGUCAGACAUGAAUGUGAACUACAGCGUGACUGGUGGGUGGAGGAUAACAAAGACAAGGUGGUGAAGUUAGUUGUAGAGUUAAAACUUUGACUUGUGCAGGGAUAUUAUAAUGCCAUGCACACAGGCUUACAAAAAACAAUUACUCAGGGUUUAGUAAGACAGAUGCUGUCUUAUUCUUUUGUCUGUUAUUUUAUUUUAUUUACUAUUCUUUUGUCUCGACAUUCAGAUGAAGGCAUGAGUGGUAAUGUGUAGAUUUUUUUAUAUUUGAUAUGCAAAGUUCGAUUUUUAUACAAAUGUUACUCUAACAGAACCACUGUUGAGAUGUUUUGCAGGAAUCAAAGCAUAUAUCAUCAGUUAUGUACAACAAUCACACAACCAAAUAUCAAUCAUCAGUACUAUAGGCCAUUCUUCAAAAUAAAAGUUGGUAUUUUUUCUUU